AUGAAGGCCCUGGAAAAAGUUGUCGGGAAGGAGAUACGAAAAUCCCACCCGCUCCUCUUCCAGCGCUUGGAUGAUCAUCAGCUGGAUAGUUGCCUUCUCCUUUGGCUCUUCUGCAGACUGUCGGUGGGACGCUGGCUGUAUGGCAGUGAGAACCUGAAAGCCGAGUGGCCCCCCAUUGGGUCACAACGGUCGUUCCUUUUGCUUACAGGCAAGAUCAAUCUUUAUCGUGACCCUGACGGCAUAGCUGAUUACAUUGAAAUCGGGCCUGGCAGCAUGUUUGGUGAGCAGCCGUUCAGGCUGGGUGAUGAAGAGAUCAAUGACGCGGUGGGCGGCGCUGCACAUUGUCAAGAACCCUGCAUGGUUGGUAUUGUGACGGGAGACGUCCUAGAGGCCUGCUUUGCAGACAGAUUUUUUGGCAACCGCCGCAUCGCCCAGAAGAUUCGACAUUCGACUGCCCUAGCAAGGGCAGUGCUGCCUGAGCCAGAUCCGAGCAAACCGAGAGUGGAUCCAGAGUCAUUGACAGCCUCCGCUAGGGCGGAGCUUUUCGAAACUUGCUCAUCAGCUGUGAAAACAGCGUUGGACGACAUGUCCAGGUUGGUUGCGGUGCUGCACCCAAAGCCGGGCGACGAAAUCCUUACAACCGCCUCACUGGACGAGAGCGUUUUCUAUGUUGAAGAAGGCAGCUUUGCGCUUACAGCCAUGCAGGUCACCCUGACUGAGCGGCCUGAGUCCAGACCUCCGAAGCGGACCCGCAUUCACGUGUACAUCGACAGGGCCGAGAAAUUAGCAGGCGAGUCCAUCUUUGACAAGCUGGAUCCCUACUGCAUUAUCAAAUUGGGGGAGUACAAGCGCUUCCAGACUCCAGUACAGUGGAAUGCAGGUGUCCCUGCCUUAGCUUGGCAGUUUCGCGCGGCAGGCUGGUGGCGGUCAAGGAAGAGCUUACCAUCACAGCAGCUUGGCAAUUUUAAUGCAGCAUUCCUCCUUGUCAUCCCUGUAGUGGGCUUUCAGAUCAUGGACUACGACAAGUUUACCUCGGACGACCUUUGUGGCAAUUGCACGCUUUUGGUUGACGAUCUGCAACCAGGUGGCAGAACUUUUAGCGUAGAGCUUCGACGACCCAAAUCGGCUGUGGGAAUGAUGAUGAAGGAGGACGCGGACUUGCCACCUGGCAUCAUGACCGAGCCUGCCGGGAAGGUCUUCAUUGCCGCCAUCUGUUUGCAGAUAGUGCAACGCCACGCUAGCUGCUUUUUGUUCGCCAUUAGCCUCCAGGUGAAGUGGGACUAUGAGACGCACAACCCCUUGGUUUUGCCAAAGCAGAAGACAUGGACGGACCAGGCUCUGUUCAAUUUACAGAAGAACCACAUAUGGGGCCACGAGCGCCUCAUGCUUGGAUCUGUCUUUACCAAAGCUCUCGAGGGAGCAGCCGCCGCUUUGCAACUUGGUGGCAGCUCUCCCAUGUUUGAAAGUGCUCCCACAUGCCUGCUUCCCAUCUGCAGACCUUAUCGCCUGCAGCUGCAGAACUUCACAAUGAGGGCAGCAGAGCAGAAAGGCAGGACCUUAUGA